GCUUCUUGUAGUGAGAGUGAGGACACAUCAGCAAAAUACAUCUGUCACAGUUUCAGCCACGUUUAAGGCUCCGGGUCCGAGUGAUUAUCAUUAGCCGCAGGAGAUCGCUACCUUCCCGUUUGCUCAGCAUCAGCAACGUCUGAAACCCAAAAAGAGGGCACCAGCUCGGCUCAACACCAAGCCGGGGGUCUGUAAAUAACCAAGUUCAGACAGAUUCUGAAAACAAAGUGGCCUCUGAGGGCUCGUGAAUUGACCCACAUUUGUCAGCCGUCGAGUUAGCUUGACAACUUUCAGCCGUUUAGAGCUUUUUGAGGGAAUGGCAUUGGACUUCGGUGCGGGCUGCGUAGGAGGUGCUGCUGGUGUUUUGGUUGGACAUCCAUUUGACACUGUGAAGGUGGGUGUUUGUCCCAUCCUCUUCAGUAUUUACUUGUGUUAGGCAAUGACAUGAUCCGGUGCUGUGCUGUUAAAAUGUUGUAAGUCAGCCCACUCUGUUGGCAGCCUGAAUUUGCAUCCAGAUAACCUAAAGUUACACAGUCAGGUUACAACAGGAAUGGCAUAAUUGAGCAAGAGGAAUGGGCCAACUAGUCACCAUUAAGAUAUUAUUAAGACAAAGACAUUUUUUUUUUUAUCAUUGAAGGUGAACUUUACUUCGUUACAGAUUUCAGUGAAACUGUCAUUUAUCAAGGUACUGUCAUUUUGUUGAAUAAUAUGCCCUAAUCAACACAAUCAUCACUUUCAAUUAAAUGCAAAGUCUAAGGAAUUAUCAUAGGCGCUGAAGUUAGUAAACCUAUCUGUGCUGCACUCCCUUUAGCCUAAAGCUUAUUGUUAAAGUCAAAACUAGUAAUAAUACAGAACAUUUUCUUCAUGACAUUCAGUUUUUCACUCACUUGGUUUGUUCAAAAAUAGGCAAGGAGGCUUUAAAUAUAGCAUACAAUUUUGUGAAUUUGCAGCAUCCACUUUAGAGGCACACAGAGAUGAUGAAUGGUUUGGUUGUAGCUCUUGUAUACCUUGCUUUCAAUGUCAUUUCUCCCUGAGCUGGUGUCUGUUUGGGGGCCGGGGAAGGCUGUCUUUAACAGCAACAGUGUCACUGUGUUGUAGAUGAGAGAGAGAAAUAAACAACCUCUCCACGGAAAUGUGACCUAGUGCGGCUUCAAGUUCAAAAUGUGGACAAACCUCUGUACCGUGGGACAUUUCACUGUUUCCAGUCCAUCAUACGCCAAGAGUCGGCACUCGGUCUAUACAAAGGCAUCGGUUCUCCAAUGAUGGGGCUGACCUUCAUCAAUGCCAUAGUUUUUGGUGUCCAGGGCAAUGCCAUGCGCAAGCUUGGUCGCGACACACCGCUCAACCAGUUCCUGGCCGGAGCCUCUGCUGGAGCUAUCCAGUGUGUCAUCUGCUGCCCCAUGGAGCUGGCCAAGACACGCAUGCAGAUGCAAGGGACUGGAGAGAAGAAGUCUAAGAGGAAGAUGUAUAAGAAUUCCCUGGACUGUCUGGUGAGAAUCUACAAGAGGGAGGGAAUCCGAGGUAUCAACCGCGGCAUGGUGACCACCCUGCUGCGUGAGACACCCGGUUUCGGCGUGUACUUUCUCGCGUAUGACGUGUUGACACGUUCCCUGGGCUGUGAGCCGGAAGACCCCUACAUGAUCCCCAAGCUGCUGUUUGCCGGCGGAAUGUCGGGCAUCGCUUCCUGGCUCUCCACCUAUCCCGUGGAUGUGAUCAAGUCGCGUCUUCAGGCGGACGGGGUUGGCGGCGUCAAUCAGUAUAACGGCAUCAUGGACUGUGUCAGGCAGAGCCUGCAAAAAGAGGGGUGGAGGGUGUUCACGCGUGGACUCACGUCCACUUUGCUCCGUGCAUUUCCGGUGAAUGCUACCACAUUCGCCACCGUGACUCUAUUUUUAAUGUACAUGCGUGAGGGAGAGGAGUGUAGCAUCCAGGACUCUGAGCCACAGUCCGUCCAGCUGCAGCCUCUGCAGCCACAGACACAGCCAACCAGCAUGUAAGCAGCUCUGCAGCCGUGAGCAUUACUUCAGUCAUCAUUAAAUCCACUGAGUAUAGAUGGAACUUGCAGCUUCUUGCAGGUCUGUGAUCUGUUAACUGGUAUCUGUAAUAACAAAGGUGAACUGAUCCUAGCUAAGUGAUCACGUAGUAUUUAAAUAAUAUAUUUUAAGAUAAAAUCUGCACUUGUAAAUAUGGUCUCUUUUUAAACAUCCUUGGUUUUAUACAGUUUGUUGAGUUUUAAGCAAUUUAGGAAACUUGACAGUUACAAAAGUUACGGUUACAGGUGUCCUUAAAAUUUUGAGUCAAACACUUUGUCUUGGAUGCUGAUUUUUGCCUUUUGAUGGUGAAAAUGAAUUUAUGCUGCAAACUUCAUUUGAUGAAAUUAAUAUAAUUUUAAAGAUUUAUUUUAUUACACUUAAGCGGUUGACCAAUUCCAUACUACUCUCUCCGUUGUGUCCAGGUCAAGUUAUCCCCUUGUUGUGUUCACAUAGAGAUAAACAGUAUUUCAGCAUCAUGUUGUAAAGGUUACAAGUACAAAGAGAGCCUCAUACAUGUACAUUUAUGUAGAUAUGGUUGUAUUCAUUUUCUCAAGUUACAGCUGUGUAUGUAUUUUACUUCAGUUUUUUGUCUACUUUAAUAAUCUACCUUAGAUUUGGAAUUUUAUAGAGGAAAUAUUACGGGCUUAGAUGAUAGUUUAAAAGAAGUCAGAUAUAGAAUAAUCACGUAACAAUUUCUUUGAAAUGUUAAAUUAUUUGACACAAUCUUAGUGUAAGAACCACAUCUGAUGCAGUUUGUAAUCUUAUUGUUUUGGACGUUUUAAAGUAUCCAAAGAAAGCACCUUAUGGUAUGAUGUUAAGCAUACGGUUAAAUAUUUGGCAAUCACAUUUUUUUAACACUCAAUAGAUUUUUAGAUUUUGUAUUUAGCAAUAAACCAAGAAUCUGUUACAGUGUUGAGCAAAAGUGAUGGCUUAUUUUAAAAGUGGGCUUUUUUU